AUGCCAGUUCAUGGAUGUGCUACUAGUUUCAAGCCAAUGACAAGUUCCCAGACACGACCUUCUUUACACCGCCAUACGAUGGAAGAGCCAUGGAUCAAGCUUCAACUCGAACACUCACACUUGCAUGCAACCCUAUUGGCCUGGCUGAAAAUUUGCCUUGCACAUCAAAAGGGUCCUGCCAAGAAACACCCCAAUGAUUCCCGUAAUCCUACCGCGUGGACGACUACGAACCCGAAGAAGACUCGCGCUCACCGCGGUGAUCAGCAUCAAGGGAUGGCUCACCGCGGACAGGAAGAAGUCAUUUCUUUCCCUUUCACCCCCAAAAAACGUAUACGUAGCUACCUCCUGGCGGACGAAGGUCAAAGGACAAAGGUCGGUGGCAAGCUUACAAAUCGAUCAGAAAACGCGAUUCUGAUGCACUGUGUGGCGCAGGGUUCAGACUUACCAGCCCUGAUCAGUAUCACAGAAGCACAGCACGACCAACGGACGGCGUUAUCUGUCAACUAG